AUGAACCACAUAGGACAACAGUUUUUGAAAGUUUUGAAGAACGAUCUAACAAACAAAAGCUUAUUAUGUGCUCGUGGAAGAACUCUAUCAUACAAAAGCGCUUAUAGCUUGGAAAAUCUGUAUCCAAAAAGCAAUUUAAAUUUGAGUUCACCAAAUUUUUUAGCCAAAGAUCCAUCUGCAAAGUUUAGCGGGUAUAUUCCUAUAAAAGAAAUAGAUGUGACGUAUUCCAGCAGUAGUGGUCCAGGAGGUCAGAAUGUUAAUCGUGUCAGCACAAAGGUGGAUUUGAGAUUCAAAGUCGAGGAUGCAUCCUGGUUGUCCAAUGAAAUAAAAGAAAAAUUAUUGGAAAAGCAUCCAAAUCAGAUAAAUAAAAAUGGAUAUUUAAUAAUCAAGUCUGAUCUGACAAGAUCGCAGCAAUUAAAUUUAGCCGAUGCUUUACACAAAUUGAGACAAAUGAUUAGAAAUCUCAUUGAGGUGCCAUCUGAACCAUGUGAAUUGACACAAGAGAAACACAGGAAGAAGCAGAUAAAGGCAGCUCAAGAGAGAGUAUUUGCUAAGAGAAGAAGAUCGCAAACAAAAAGUGAUAGACAGGGGCCAAGCGUGUACGACAGCCUCUAG